AUGUACAUUUACCUCAUUAUUUUAAAUCUGUUGACAGUUUGGGUAAUGAUGGCUCAGCUCCAGCAAGGAGGCCCAGAUGAAAAAGAGAAGACUACUGCAUUAAAGGAUUUAUUGUCUAGAAUAGACUUGGAUGAACUAAUGAAAAAAGAUGAGCCACCACUUGAAUUUCCUGAUACUCUGGAAGGAUUUGAGUACAUUUUUAAUGAAAAAGGGCAGUUAAGGCACAUAAAAACUGGGGAGCCGUUUGUUUUCAAUUAUCGUGAAGAUUUGCAUAGAUGGAACCAAAAGCGCUAUGAAGCUCUUGGAGAGAUCAUUACUAAAUACGUUUAUGAACUACUGCAAAAGGAAUGCCACUUGAAGAAAGUAACUCUCCCAGUUGAUGCGACUGAGAGUGAACCAAAGAGCUUUAUCUUUAUGAGCGAAGAUGCAUUAACAAAUCCUGACAAGCUGUUGGUCCUAAUUCACGGUAAUGGUGUUGUCAGAGCUGGUCAGUGGGCUAGGAGACUUAUAAUUAAUGAAGAUCUGGACAGUGGCACGCAGAUACCAUAUAUAAAGAGAGCUAUUGAGGAAGGCUAUGGAGUAAUAGUACUGAAUCCCAAUGAGAACUAUAUCAAAGUGGAGAAGACAAAAGCCCAAGUACAGCUGUCUUCUGAUAGCUCAGGUGAACCUGCAGAAAAGAGGGAAAGAAAAGAUAAAAUCCAGAAGGAAACAAAGAAGCGACGUGACUUCUACGAAAAGUAUCGAAACCCACAAAAAGAAAAAGAAACUAUGCAGAUGUAUAUUAGAGAUAAUGGAUCUCCUGAAGAACAUGCAAUUUAUGUUUGGGACCAUUUUAUUUCCCAGUCAGCUGCAGAGAACGUGUUUUUUGUUGCUCACAGUUAUGGUGGACUUGCCUUUGUAGAGUUGAUGAUUCAACGAGAGGCAGAAGUAAAGAAUAAGGUAACUGCUGUGGCGUUGACAGACUCUGUUCACAAUGUGUGGCAUCAAGAAGUUGGGAAAACUAUUCGAGAGUGGAUGCGAGAGAACUGCUGCAACUGGGUGUCCAGCUCCGAGCCCCUGGACACUUCGGUGGAGUCCAUGCUGCCGGACUGCCCCCGCGUCUCUGCAGGUACAGAGCGCCAUGAACUAACUUCCUGGAAGAGUUUUCUGUCUAUUUUCAAGUUCUUCAGGGAGGCGGUGGAGGCGAAGAACAGCUCAGUGAAACCAACCCCAACGCGGCGCUCCAACAGGAUAAAAUACGAAGAAUUGUAAAAGGAGGGGAGGAAAAAAAAGAAAAACCACGACAAAAACAAAACAACAAAACACCACCAACCUCUUCGCUGCUUGUUUUCUGCAAGCAGUCUCCCAGCCCCUCAUUAGAUUGUUUUCUUCCUAGAGCACAGGGUCGUGAUGUAUACAUCUAAAUAGCGUUUUGCAUUAUUUCUAGAUGAGUGCAACUGUCAAAGCAAUAUGGGUUCACUGGUUGUGCUUCCUGUGGGCUGUAACUUGGAUUUCGUGCUGCCCAUCAGCGCGCAGAUUAAGGCUGACAGUGGUACUGCACAGUGCAGCAUGGUGCAGCUCUAAUUGCCCUGACAUAGCCCUGCACCAAGCUGAUGCCAGAAUUUAACAGCUUCGUUGUGGUCCUACUGCCUGCAGGGCUUUUUGCUGCUUCCUUCUCUUUUGCGACAGAACAAAAUUGGAAUUACUCUUUCUUAAAGACGGCUCUAACUCAGAAGUGCUAACCAGCCUGUGAUUUUACACCCAAUAGCCUUCUCUUUCUCUGGGACCAAGUGGGAUCAACUCUUGACUCUUUCAUUUUCUGCUGGUAGGAGGGUCCAAGAAGUUUGGUCCAGAUUUAUAGGAAAGCCCCUUUGUUGUAGAGAUUUUCUCCUCCUGCCGGAUCAAUGGCAUUAUCUGUAGAUCUUCUCUUCCUUUUGAAAGCUCCACUUUAAAAAAAUGCCUAUUCAUUAACUAGCUGGAUCGCACUGUGAAAUAUGUCAG